GACAAGUAUACGGGGUGGGAUCGGUUCAACUGCCAAAUGUGUGCGUGUGUUUGCCGUAGACGAAAUCGAAAUCAAUGAGUUUGUUUAGAAAUUGAUAAGUAAACCAGUGGUUUUCAUUUCUGUGUAAACGUUGACAUAAUGCAAGCACACUUAUAUACAAUCGUACAUGCAUGAUAACGUAGUAGUCACCGCCACCGACUGGCUUGUGUAAAAUUAUUCCACGAUAGAUUUGAAACGUUAUGAUGGAAGCAUUUUAAAUGUGACACAGGUAAUCAAUUCUAUUGAAGAAAAUUGAAUGAGAAAUGCAAAUCAGGUGUAUCUGUGUGCACACAAUACUGGGAAGGUCGUGUGCUGAAGUGUGAGAGGUCAGCUUUGUUCUACAUACCGCUACAACACUUAGGACUGGCAUCUACCCAAUUUAAAUAGGCUUAGGACAUAAACGUUUUACAGCUCAUAAGUACCGGCCGAUACAAGGAACUUCGUCAAAGAUUUAUUUUUGCAAUAAGUCACCUCCUGGUUCUAAAGGGAGUUUUUACUACAGAUAUUUCAGAUUUAUUUCUAACUUUAUGGAUGUGAAACACUUUAUUUCGGAUUUAUGGAAGUGAAAGUGAACGGCGGGAGUUACACACUGUGGAAAGAUUGUGCUUACUGUUUUUUACGUGGAUUUCUGGACAAUGAUUCUAAGGGUACUUGUGAACAUUCCAAGCCAGGGCUCAGAGUGUGAGGUUUCAUCAACCCAGAUUAACCCUAGUCCAGCAUUUGGCCAAUCAAGGGAUAUGUUAAUGCAGGUAGACACCGUCCCAGUGAGGGACCAGUCCGGCAGCGGCGACAUGCAGGGUUACUUUAGCAGCACCCCCCUGUUUGCCUCGCGUAACUCCCCCAUACGGGGGUCAUGGCAGGACUCCAAAGUUGCAGUCUUCCCUGAUAACGACAGCGGAUUCAGUUCCAUGAAGAGAUCAUUCAACUCCGGGGACGACAUGGCAAUCACACCGCGGUUCAGCUCUGGUCCGAUGGUCCGGUCUCAGUCGAUGAACAGGCUAAAUGGGUCGUUCAUGUCACAGGAGUUAACUCCCCUUUCUAGUCACUUCAGUCCCAACCUUGACCGAUCCCUAAAAACCAUGAGUAACUCCCUGGAGGACAGCGAGAACAGAAGAUGUGUACUGAUGCACAAACUGAAGGAAGCCCAGGAUACACUAGAUCUCCAAAGUAAUCGAUUAGGAAAGAUAGAAAACUCAGCCAAGGGAAACACAGUCUUAGUGGAGGACCUGAAGUUUAAAGAAAUGGAAUAUAGGAAAAAAAUUAAAAUGUUAGAAGAUGCAGAACAAGAUAAAGAUAUACUCAGGAUGGAAAAUAUAAGACUUCGACAAGAAAUGCAGGACAGAAUAGACCGGCUUGAUUUUGCCUUGCGAUCAUUACAAGCUCAGCACAUGGUGGCUGAGACAGACAACCAGAAGAGGAUCAAUCUGCUGGACCAGUCUACUACAGCACUCUCUAUGCUCGAGUCUGAAAACAAGAAUCUCCGACAGGAUAAAGAAACACUUGCGCGAGAAGUAGGUGUCGCCAAGGAGAGCAUGAGGCUAGCCAAAGUACGGUUUGAACCACUGGAGGACGACAACAAAAAUUUAAGGAUGGAAGUUCUCAAACUUAAAGAGGAGAAUGCUGAUCUCACAAGGAAACUAGCCCAGCUAACGGGUCAGUUAACAGAACUGAGAGCCCUAACAAACUCAAUGAAAGAGGAAAAUGAGAAACUUGCUUCUUCUUGGAAAUCAUUAGCAGAUGAGAAGCAAGUUAUGACAAAGAAACUGGACAAUCAAAAAGUCAAAGCUACAGAUAUGCAGGCCAAGGCCUCAAGUGCCAGUGUGGAAAAAGACAGACUUUUCCAGGAAAAAAUGGACCUCAACAACAAAUACCAACACCUCAUUGUCGGCAAAGAGCAGCUUGACCGGGCCAACAGUGUUAUGCAGGAACAGAUCAACGAUCUUCAGGAUGAGGUAGAGAGGGUCAAGAAAUCUGCAAAGAAGAAGGAUAUGGAGAAAAAUGCUUUGGAAGACGCUGUACAAGAUAUAAAGCAGGUGAAUGAGGAGAUAUCGUCAGACUUAGCCUCAGUAAAAGCCUACUACGAGCGUGCUCUGGAACAGAUCAGCGUACUGGAAAAUGGCAAAAAAAUGUCGUCACAGCAACAGGACUUUGCUAGCCAGGAGAAGGAAAGACUUCUGACAGAGGUGGAGAGACUCAGCAAGAGAGUUCUAUCCAUGGAAUAUUACAACAAAAUGUUGAUCCAAGAUGUGAUGGCUGAUGGAAAAUCAAAAGACAUCAGACGUGAAAGAGAAGAAUUUGAUGAAACUAUUCAAGCUCUCAAGAAUGAGUUGAGAGAACUCCGCCAUGAAAAUUCACAUUUCCAUAACAAGAAUCAAGAGUUAGAAACAAAAUUGCGCAAGGCUAAUGAGGACAUACGGUCCUCGACAAUGGCCACACAGCAGGAACUGGACACCUGGAAGGAUACAUGUGAUAGUUUGACUGCCUCCGUACACAAGAAAGAGUCAGAGAUACAGGCACUGAUGGACCGGUGUGAAGAACUAGAUGAAAUUAGUUCAAGACAGAAGACAGAAAACAGGGCUCUAUCGGAGGAGUGUGAGACUUUGACAGACCAACAGGAGAACGUCACUACAUUAAAGUCGGAAAAUCGAAAGUUGAUACAGGAGAAUGCUGAGAAUGAACAGAUGAUUAAACUUUUGGAAACCCAGAAGGAGGUCCUAACAAAGAGUUCAGAAAACAGUCUAGCCAAGCUCCACAAUAUUGACCAACUCACAGGCAAGGUCGAUCAAUUAAGAAAUGAAAACGAACAUUUCAGAGACCGAAUCUUGGAACUUGAAAAAGUACGAGACAAUCUAAUUAGCCAAAAAGAAGAACUCCUGGCAAGUACUGAGUUGAUAUACAAAAAGCCACGACUGGAAGACCUUGAGAACAAGGUCGAUGAACUGGAGCAAGCUAACAGACAGUUAAGGGACAUGAACGAGUCAAUGAAUAAUCAGUUUGAAAACCUUGAACAGACAACAGUAGCCACUAACAUGGCUAAAGUAAAUCAAGCAGCGUAUCUUAUGUCUCCUACCCAGGGGAGGGGCAGUAAUGUAUUAAAUGGCUUCCUAUCAGAGGAAUUCAUUGUACCCGAAAAUGUAGAGCUGAAGGAAGCUGUGGGGGGAGAUGGAAGUCUUGUGCCAAAAGUGGAAAUGGAAAGGGUGGAGGACGAGAAGGAAAAUCUACAAAGGGAAUUGGAGCGGAUGAGUAGGGAGAAUCAGAGCCUGCAGGAACGACACGAACAGUAUGUCGAUGACUAUGGCCCAGACGGACAGAUCGUACAAGAUGAGAAGGAUAGGGUGCGUAAGUUGGAGCGUGAAAAGGAGGGACUGGAGAGGCAGGUAGCGUUGAUCAAUGGGUCUCUACUACUGGUGGAAGGCAGUAAGAAACGGCUGGAUGAGGUCGUAGAGGAUCUGCAGCACGAGAUUGUCCAUCUGAGGAAGGAGCUAGAGGAGGCAGAGAAACAAAUAAUUAUGUUAGAGAGCCAAAAGGCAAUGUUACGACCUGUAGGUAGUGCUGAAAUGGAGCAGCUACAGAGUGAAAUAGACAACUUGAGGGGUGUCCUGUCUAAGACUCAAGCUGACAAGCUGAAGCAGGAGAGAAUCAUUAAAGGUCUCAAAGAGGAACUUGAUGAUGAAAAGUCUAAGGGUCCCCAGGUAAUAAGAGAAUCUUUAGAUGAUGUUGGUACUGAUCUGAAUGACAUGCGCGGUGAACUGCAUAAACUGAUGGGGGUGAUUGAGACAAAGGACCAGGCCAUCGAAACUCUGGAGGGACAGCUCAAACACUCCAAAAAUGAGAUAGAAAACAGACAAAAAGCUAUGGACCAGCUACAGGGCCUCAUGACACAUGUGGAUGAAAAGCGCAGCAUGGAAAAUGGAAGCCGUUCUCCAAGGAGGAAAUCUAGGUCGCCUGUCCGAUCGUCCAAAAUCCCGAGGAAAACAGAUGAAGGUAAAAUUCCAGACGAAGAACUGACACCUCGUAGUCCUAAGCCACAUAUUAAACCUGCAGGUUCAUUUACGAAAUUAUUGUGCACUCCAGCUUCUGAUAAAGAUGCUAAGGGUGCUGACCCAGGUAUCUCGGUCACACCUGGGCUCUAUGGUACAAAGUUUCUGGGAACUAAACCACAAAGAACUUCUAGUACGGGGCCAGGGGACAAGGGAGGAGACCGCCUCCAGUCUCUGAUAUCCAAGUACCGCAGCCACAGCGAGAGCCCAUUCCCAGAGCGAAAAAUCAAACCCUUGUCAUUAUCACCGAGCAGUAAAAUGGGACUUGUAACGAGGGGCCGUAGCUUUGGACCGGCUGCUCCCAAAUCCUCUGAUGAGGUGAGUUCCUCUUCCCAUACCACAAAGGAUGUGGCCAGUACACCUGGCAUUGGUUUUGCAACCUCCCCAACACUUCCCACGUUCGCGGUCGAUGCCCCAAAGGGGGACGAACCUUUAUCUCCGAGUAGUUCUGUCAGUUUUUCUACUGACCUUGAUCAAAGUGAACACAAAGAUCAAGGUCAAAGUCGCAAGAAAAUCAAAAAAAGGAGUGACCGACAGAGUGAGGGUGAUGUGGACGAUUUCCUACCGGAUGGAGACCUACCUAUCGACGAAGAUGAUCUCGAUACACAGGAACAGGACGAUAUUAACGCCCUCAUUAAAAAUUGCUAUAGAUCACAUUUGUUAUUCCUUGUGACACUGCGCAGACAGCGUGGAGCUUCUGGGCAAGCACGCCCGGGAGGUAAGAUACGUUCCACACACCCUAAAUCGCUUCUGUCGGUCAACCCACCGAAAUUAACAAGUAAGAUCAUAGCCGACCUCCUGAAGACCGGCCCUCCAAGUUCCACUGCCUCCAAGACUCCAGCCAAAUCGCUUACAUUAGAACGGGGCAAAAAACUGGGGCAAUAACUUAUGGGUUUGCAUUAAAUUGGGGAAUCAUCAUUUGUACACCAAGAUCCUUGAAAUGGAUGUCUAAUUCCAGCACGUGACCCCCGCCAUAGUUCUCAGGAAUCAGUCGAGAUCCACCAGAAACAGUAUUGAUUUGUGUGCUAACCGUCAUCCGUCCAUUCUACAGUAUUGACCUGUGGAUAGCAGGAAUUCCAUAUAUGUGUAUCAUUUAAUCGCAUUUUAUUAAAAGUAUAUAAAUAUAUAUAUGAAUACAGAAUUUUAGAUAUGCCGAUUUCAUACAUUAGCCAUUCCGUUGUGAUAUCGUGCGAUGUAAUUAUUCAUGGUGAAGUUGACCUGCUUUGCCUCUAAGCUCGAUCAUUGUUAUUGAAGAGAAUAAAUAAUGUAUGAUAAUAACUCUAUCACCUAACAUCAAAGUGUACAUCGGUAAUAAAUCAAUUACUUUUAAUAUCUUAGCUAUUUGAUAUACUACAGCAUUACAUAUGGCUAACGUUAUAUAUUGUAUAAUUAUACGCACAUGACUAUAAUGUGAUACAACUUCUGUGAUUCUGCUCCGAAUUUUAUUUCAUUGUAUACUUAUUUUUUUUGGACAUCAUUACGUCUGUGAUUUGUAUUUAUAGUUAAAGUAUGUUUUGUCUGUGAUUUUCACAAACAUAUGUCAUUCCAAGCACUUUCUGUGAUACGUUUAAUUUAUGUACAAAGCAUAGGCUUCAAUAAACUUCCGUCCACAAUACUUAGAAAGUCACCUUUAGAUUUCAAUUAAUCGUAUUUAAAUCAAAAUAUACUUACACAUAUUUCGUAACGUGCCUUUGUUUAACUCCUUUCGUCUCGAUAUUUAUACAUGCUAUGUACAUGUUGGGGGGGUACCUAUUCCACUUGGUUGAGAAUGGAAUUCCAUUACCAAAUUCUCAUUCUUAACAAUGGUUAUAUUGUGUUGACGUGUGGUGCUUCAUUUGGUGCCAUUGGUUAUAUUUCUGUAUCGUUCACCGGUAGAAUUGUCAAGGUACAUGUAUUGGGUAUUCAUAUUAAAAAGCUAUAAAACAGUAAAUAUAUAAUUUCUGUUUUCAAAAUCUUAGAAAAUUUAUAUUAUAUAACAUUUAAUUUUCAAGUUUUAAUUUGAAAAGAAAUUUUAUAUAUUCUAGAACGCUGGACUCGGAAAAGAGCGAAACCCGUCUUUUUUUCUUAUUGCUCAACAUCGCUUGUCGAUAUAUGAAAAGAUAUGGCCUUAAAUAACUUAUGCAUUAAAUCAGUUAUUUAACGAUUGCCAACCCAUCAUUUUGAAUUCAUUUUUCUCUUUGAGACCUACCGUCAUUUUUUUCAUCGUGAAAGCAAAGUAAUUUUUAUGAAUUGUUGUACAUUCUUUCAUAAUGUGACUAAUAUUUUAUAUUAUUAUUUAUAAAGUAUAUUUGUAAAAUCAUUUGCUCAGCAAUAGCAUAUUUAU